CAUGAUCUUGUCAAGCAAUAUCGAUUUUGAAAUGAUAACAAUUCCUUUUUAUUCUCCCCUGUUAAAUGAAAGAACUGCCUAAAUAAGAAUACUUUUUUGGAAUCCAAACUUCCUUGUUCUUUCUAAGUCUUCGUCUAGCAUAGAAGAACGCAAGUGUUGCAAAAACGGGUCUUUCACCGCAUAAAUUAAGACAUAGAAGCUCACUUCAAAAACUCUAUAACAAAUCAUGGGAAAAUCUCAUGUUCUCAUCAUACCAUAUCCCGCACAAGGUCACGUAAUGCCUAUGAUAGAGCUUGCUCGAUAUUUAGUCCAACAAGGUGUCAAAGUUACAUUUGUAAACACAGAGGUCACUCAAAAGGCUGUCACAAGCAAUUGGCAAAAUACAGAUGGUUUCGACGAUCUAAUGAUGGUCUCAAUCCCUGAUGGGUUAGAACCAUGGGAAGAUAGGACUGAUCUUUGUAAGUUGACUAUAUCUAUAUUAGAAACCAUGCCAGGCAAGCUGGAAGAACUUAUAGAGAAGAUUAACAAAGAAGACAGCAAUAAACUGAACUGUGUUAUUGCUGAUGGUGGCAUGGGAUGGGCUAUAAAAGUCUCGAAAAAGAUGGGAAUCAUAAGUGCAUUAUUCCAGCCUGCCUCAGCUGCUUCAUUGGUACCUGCACUUUGUGCUCAGAGACUGAUUGAGGAGGGAUUCAUAAGCAAUAAUGGCAUACCUCUAAAGAAUGAGACGAUUCAACUGUCAGAAACCAUGCCGCCUAUAAAACCUCAGAACCUCCCAUGGGCAUGCUUUAAAGACUCGGCUACCAUAGAAGCCAUUUUCAAAGUUGUAUCGGAAGUUAUAGAAGUUUCAAAAAUGACGGAGUGGUAUAUAUGCAACUCAACCAUCGAGCUGGAGCCUGCCGCAUUUAGCAUGUUCCCACAACUGAUGCCGAUUGGCCCUCUGCUGGCAAGCAACCGGCUUGCUGACCAGGAAGGUCACUUCUGGCAAGAGGAUCCAACCUGCUUAACAUGGCUCGAUCAACAACCAGAAUGCUCAGUCAUUUAUAUUGCGUUUGGGAGUUUCACUAUUCUGAAUCAAACUCAGUUUGAAGAAUUGACACUUGGUCUUGAGCUUAGCAACAGACCUUUCUUGUGGGUUCUACGACCCGGUAUGACCAAGGAGACUUACCCAGAUGGAUUUAUGGAACGAGUAAAGUCUCGUGGAAAGAUUGUGAGUUGGGCCCCACAACAGAAGGUUUUAGCUCAUCCUUCUGUAGCUUGUUUCAUGAGUCAUUGUGGUUGGAACUCUACUAUAGAAGGUGUGACAAAUGGACUCCCAUUUUUGUGUUGGCCAUACUUUGCUGAUCAAAUUCAAAACGAGACAUAUAUAUGUGAUAUUUGGAAGACUGGACUCGGGUUUAACAAAGAUGAAUCGGCUAUCAUCACUCGAGAUGAAAUAAAAAGUAAGGUGGACAAGCUGCUUAGUGACAAAAUGUUCAGAUCCAAUGCCCUGGAUAUCAAAGAAAAGGUUACAAAUAGUAUUAAGAAAGGUGGAUGCUCAAACACAAAUCUUACCAAUUUUACAGAAUGGAUACAAAAGGAAGCCACACACGAUUCCACGGAUCAACCAGACUCCAUGUGAUCUGCUGCAAAUUAUUUCCUUUUCUCCCAUAUGUCGUUCUGCACGUUCUGUAUCUGCAGCUUUAAUUUAUUAUACAUUCAGUUCACCUUAGAAAUCAUAAAGAUUUAUUAUUUGGAAGUUUAAUUCCAGUAAAUACUUUGGAACUAUGAACAUUAACGGAAUAUUUUGAACUUA